AUGACAAUCACCCUCAAUUGGGCCAUAUUGGGUGCUGGAAACAUCUCAUCGCAAUUUGUCUACGAUUUGUUGUUAAAUAAUGAUCGAGAAACGGAAUAUCACCAUGUGAUUAAGAGUAUCGGCUGCUCCAACUCCGAAAAGGGCCAAGAGUUUAUCAAAAACAACAAAAUCACUGCCGAGAGGAACUUUGAUGUUACACCAGUAACUCAAUCGUACAAUGAGCUCUACAAGAACUCAGAAAUCGACGUAGUCUAUAUUGGCACCCCGCAUAACUUUCAUUUCAAACAAGCUAUUGCGUGUUUAGAGAAUGGUAAGCACGUCUUGUGUGAAAAGCCAAUUACAGUGAAUCGAAAGGAAGCAGAAAAGAUCUUUCAAGUUGCAAAAAAGAACGGCAGGUUCUGUAUGGAGGCGGUCUGGACGAGAUUCUUCCCUGCUAUCAAAGAGCUUAAGAGAAAGGUUUAUCAAGAAAAGGUGAUUGGUGACGUGCAUAGAUUAUUUGCAGAUUUCAGCUAUGAAGGAGAUGUGGAGAAUUUGCCUUUGACGUCAAGGGUAAGAGAUAGAUCACUAGCAGCUGGGUCACUCUUGGAUAUUGGUAUCUACCCCAUCACAUACUCAAGAAUACUUUUGGAUGAUUAUGUUGGAGAGAAAGCAACCAAAUUUGAGCAUAAAAGCUUUCUAACCAUAGACAAAAAUGAUUUGGUGGACCAUCUUGCUUCAAUUUUGAUCAAAUACAAAGAUGGGAAGCAAGCACUUCUCACUUCGUCCGAGUUGGUUGAUGGCCCAAAGGCAUAUGUUAGACUUGAGGGUUCCAGAGGUUGGGUCGAAAUGUACAGCGAUAAUCCAGCCAGGGCUAAGCACUUCAAAAUUUUCGGUAAAGAGGGCAAGGAAGUUUAUGAAUACAAGGACAACUCUGGUUACAAUGGCUUCAUAUACGAAGCAAAUGCAGUGGCAAAUGACAUUCAUAAUGGCAAAUUGGAAAACGAGAUAAUGCCACAUGCUGAAAGUCUCCUUGUGAUGGGAGUAAUGGACGAUAUAAGAAAAGAAAAUGGCUUGACUUACGAUCAAGAUUAA